UCACUGUCAAAAAAGAUCUCGGUGUCUAUCUACGUAUACCGAAACAAAUUACAAAAUUAUUAAAUAAAUAAAAUAAAAAUUAUCAUUCCCCAUUUCAACAUCAUUACUAAAAACAUGUGGUCUAAAUUUUUUUAUUUCUAAUAUUGCUUUCUUGUUUAAGCAAGAAUUUGUAUAAUUUAUUUUCUCUGUGAAAGUUUUAUAAUUUAAAGCAAAAUAAAAUGGAUGGGACAUUGAUACUUAUUUUGUUGGCAGUUGUUAUGCUAAUUGGAUCGUACGUUGCUGGGAGUAUUCCAUUAAAUGUGAGCAUGUCUGAGGACAAGCUUCAAAAAGUAACAGUUUUUGGUGCUGGCCUGUUAGUUGGUACUGCCCUGGCUGUAAUCAUUCCUGAAGGUGUUAGAUCACUGUUCAGUGAGAGAUCUUUACCAACCAUCGUGACUAAAGAUUACACAGCUGAACCACCUGGACAUGAUGAUGAUUUGCAUUCAGUUAUAGGCAUAUCUCUUGUGCUAGGGUUUGUAUUCAUGCUACUAGUCGAUCAGGUGUCAACUAGGUAUAACGAAUCGAGUAAUCCAGUGGAAAAGAAUGUAACGGCUACUGUGGGUCUGGUGGUUCACGCUGCUGCUGAUGGUAUUGCUUUGGGAGCAGCGGCCACAACCUCUCAUGCCGACGUGGAGUUGAUCGUAUUUCUGGCCAUUAUGCUACACAAGGCGCCAGCUGCGUUUGGUCUUGUCACUUUCUUGUUACAUGCUGGUUUGGAAAGAAAUAGGAUACGCAAGCAUUUGCUUAUAUUCUCAUGCUCAGCACCUCUACUAGCGCUUCUUACGUAUUUUGGUAUUGGAAACGAGAGUAAACAAACGCUGAGCGAGUUUAAUGCAACAGGUAUAGCCAUGCUGUUCUCAGCUGGUACAUUUUUGUACGUUGCAACUGUCCAUGUGUUGCCUGAACUUACACACUCGCACUCACACACACACUCCCUCCUUCCCAUGCAGGAGGGGGUGCCCCCCAAAAAAGGUUUUGGGGGAUUACAGUUUUGCGAAAUGAUAAUUUUAACUAUUGGAGCAUUGUUACCCUUACUUUUAACCAUGGGGCAUAAACAUUAAAUGGCAAUUUUUUAAAUAAAUCAGAUGGAACUUUUGAAUUUAUGUUGUCCUAGUAUUAAAAAGACCUGUUUCAGCUAUCGAGAUAAGGGAUUAUUUAACAGGCAGCGAUUACAUUUAUUUCUUGUAUUAUAAUAAGUUCCUACUAGUGUAGUCUAGUUCGAAGGUGUUAUAACAGAUUGAUUCAAACUGAAUGAAAAUACAAAAAAGUUUCAUGUAGGAUUUGUAACAAGAAUUUCUAACAAAAUGGAAGCGUGGCCUAACUGUUUGCACCUUUUGUUUAAUAAUAAUAACAAUGUUGCAUUGUUCUGUUAGAAUUCGACAACCUCAAAUCUCUCAUAAAUCUAUUUUAUCAAAGUGUUUUAUCCUUUUUAAAUUAAUACUAAUUCGUUAGAUUUAUUAAUGCGAAAGAAAGUUAAAAUAAAACGCUCUAAUAGCUAAAAUAGGUUUGUAGGUUUUAUUUUUUAUGCAUAAGGUGGUAUAGUAAAAUCUAACCAUUAAUCAUUUAUCAAAAUAUGUAAUACGCUUAUGUUACUAUAAUCUAUGACCUGUCUGAUAAGCUGAAAAUUUGGUUUUAAAUGUAGAUGUACAAUUUUUUUUUUAGUUUAAGUAUUUACGAAUUAGAGCUUAAGGUAUUAUCUUAGCCUGGCGACAUACAUCAGUUCUAAUCAGAGACUCCGAUUUAAUUAUUUGCUCUGAUGAACCCCUCAGACGAUUAAGGUUAUAAAAUGGUGUCUUUAGGGUCCCAUAUCUCAAAAGAAAAAACGGAACUCUUGUAGGAUUAUUUUUUUCUCAGGAACGUGAAAUAUCAAAUAUUCAAAUUUGCAAUCUCUUAAAGAUAUGAAAAAAUUAAGCUUCUAAGCCAACACAAUCAAAAAUAUUACCGUUUAUAGUGUUUAUUUUAUUAUUUGCGAAAUAAUUAAAACCUGUAGGCAACUUCCCGUGGACUGAGAGUCAUGAAAUUUUGUAAGAAGCAAUUUUGUACAGCGCAAGUAGAAGGAAAAAUCCGAAACCCGUAAAAGUGUGGUUACAUCACAAAGUAAUAUAUUGUUUUGCAUAUUUUGUACGGGACCCUCGGUGUGCGAGAUAUGCUGGCGGGGUAUCAGUGAAGAAUGAUAGGAAAGGUUGAAGUCAAAUCCGUUGGCCCAUCGUGAUGAAUUCGAUUGGAAUUCUCCACGAUGGUUUCAUACUCAAGAUUGAGUGGAGAUCAAUAUGACAGGGUACAAUGCUAGCACUGAAGCUCCAUUUACAAUACUCUCUCCUCUUUGAUUUAUAGAAUUAACGACUUAUUUGAUAUACAAAUUAGGGAAUCCGACUCUGUAAACUGACGCAUGCGACCAGGCUUAUUCAUAAAAAUGUCGAACAUGAACCUAUUUUAGCUAGUAAAGUGUUUAUCUUUUUUUUUCGAGCCAAAUCUAUAAGACUUCAUAUUUACAAUACAAUCUAUACACUAUUAUUGUGUAAGUAUUGAACAGUUUGUAUAAUUAAGUCCUUAAUAUUAAUUAUAGGUAUAAUGAAUAAUAAUUUAAGAUAGUCACAAAACACUGUUAGAAUAGGUUGAGGUUUGCUUUUUUAUGAAUAGAUUAAUAAAAUAAAUUUAUCCCGACCCGACGGAUCUAUUUUCGAAGUCUGUUAGUUUAGUAUAAGUGAUACUUGUUUCUAAAAAUGUGUAAAAAGGAACUGAUUAGGAGUGUUUUACCGUGUUUGUAGCAGUGUUUAACAUUCCCUGUUAAAUUGAAAAUAAAAUAUUAAGGUGGACUUAGAUGAAAGGAAUAAAAGCACAAAACAAAAACAUUAAAUCAGGAAAGUUGAGUCCAAAAGUUUAUAUUCAUUUAAAGAUUUUCCAUAGUGGUCGGGUAUCUAUAUUUAUUUAGAUCGAGUUUUUUAUUUCGAUAUUAUAACCGUUAUUGGGUCAAUAUUAUGUAAUAUAUUACAUAUUGGCAACUACAAUGUAUAGACAUUGCUAUAUAUUAAUCACUUCUAGCUAAACGAAAAAACAACCCAUAAAACUGUUUGUAAUGAUAAAACAGUGUUCAAAAUUAUUGGCAAUGAAUUUGUACAACUACGAGCUUUUGACUAUUGCCGCUUUUAUGCUAAAGAAAAAUUGGAGGAAAAAGGAUUCGCUCAUUUGACCUAAAUUCACUUUUGCUGGAUAGUAUAACUAGACAUCUAAAUACCACAAAUUUUGUUGUCUAUUCGAAAAUUUGAUUUAUAAAUUUCAAAACUUUUAGUUUUUUUAAAUCUUACUAAAAAAUAAUUUUACUUUUAUUGUCCUAUUCAGAAAUCUUUUUGUGAAUUUUAAGAGACUUAAUAAUACAGGCAUUACGAACUUAAGACAUAGUUUAGACUGCGUUAGUGAUAUGUUUGAACAACAAAAUGUUAAUCAAAUACACUAGUAAUUAUUUUACAAAACUUCACGGCUAUGAAUUCUUGUAAACCCUGGUGAAACCUGUUAAAAGCUUCUAUCUGGUUCAACAGACUUAAAAAAAUUUAGAUUAUUAAUUUGACUGCAAUGUUUUGUGUGUGUGUUUCGUGCGUAGAUUACGCAGUAUACCUAUUCAACAAUUCUGAAGCAAUUUUGGUGAAUGUUCUUUUAUUUUUAAUUAUAGGAUGUUUAUUAUCUCGUGUUCAUGCCGUGCUGAUUUAUCAUGACUGAUGUUGUUUUUCACUAUCAAAACAAAUGAAAUUAUAUUUGGUUCGAUUCCCGUGUCGGUAGGAAUAUUUAUUAAUUUUAUUGUUUUAUAUAGUUAUAGCUUAAUUGAAGUUUUAACUCCUUUAUUCAUAAAAUUUCAAAUCAACUCCAAUCUUUCAACCCAAAUUAACUAUUGCAGUCUUUUGUCACUUUCUUUCAAAUUGAGAAAUUAACGUGAAAUAAAAAUACAAAGCAUUUCAAUUGUUAAAAUAUAUUUUAACUUGGCAUUGUUAUGAAUAAGGGGGUUAGUACUCGUAUAUAUAUUUAAACGUUAUAAAGUUUCGAAAUUUCACACCGAAUUAUGUGUUUAUGAAAUAAGCUCCAAUAAAAAAAAAAAAUAAGCUACAUAGUUUAUAUUUAUAUACAUAGAUGCCGCAAUUGUGCUUAUUAUUUGCACCCCCAAUAUACGUUAUCUUCCGUAAAAGACAUAACUAGUACGCUGAAUUAGCAACUCUUGAAGAGAACCAUAAGCGAUGUAAAAAGUACACAUAGAAAUAGUAUUAUUAAAAUAUGAAAAUCAUAUCCUUUUCUUGUAUGAUUGAAAUAUGUAUAUUUGAUUGGUUAUAGUCGCGUCGGCGCGUUCAAAAUAAUAUUCUAUUUGUAUGCGAAAUAUAAUUAUACCGUAAAUUCGCCAAGAGGUAACAAACAAGCUCAUUAUUUUGCACAUUUAUUAUAUUAGUAAUAAUAAGUUUCAUAUUUUAAUAAUAGUAAUAUUUUAUAACAAUUAUUCGUGAUUAGUAAUCGAAAAGGGUCUAAUUAUAAAUAAAUGUACAUUUUGUUAUGGUCGCGGCCUUAUUAUUGCGUGAUUGAGAGGAAGCGAUGAACAUCUAUCUUUUUCUUAUCCUUUUAACGUAUUUUCAUAUUAUCAUAAAAAUUUACACUUUUGUUAUAAAAUUAUAACAUUCCAAUAUAGGAAUAAUCAUUAGGAUUUGUUGUAUUAUUUUAUAAUUUCAUUGUUGAAAUGUUUUUACUACUUUAUGUAAAAGAUUUUAUAAUAAAAAAAUUAGGUUUUUUUUUAAUAGAUAAAUAUAAGUAAAACUAUAUAAAAGUCUGUGUAAAAGUAUUCGAUAUUGUAUUAAAUUCUAGAAAAAAUAUGUAAUAUAUUUGUUAAAUUUUUUAAAUAACUGUAAAUAAAAAAAAAUGGUGUAUAUAUUUAUGUUUCGUUGAUGUAAAAAUCCGUAUUUUGCUUGACAUAUAACGAUGUAAUUUAUUCUGUAAUGGCUAGUGAUGAUGCUGUGUUCCUUUAAACAAUUACACAACUAAAUCUGUUUUUUAGACAAAUAAAUUUGAACAAUACAUUA